AUGACGAUCUCAAACUUACCCACUCCAAUCGUGACUCCUCCGGCAGUAGUGAGUGGCGCUGUCUUCACCAGUCCACCGUUGAAUCAACUACUUAAUCAAAUCACCUCUAUUAAAAUGGAUAGAGGAAACUUUCUACUAUGGCAAAAUUUGGCCUUACCGAUCCUGCGAAGCUACAAGCUAUUUGACUACCUUACGGGAGACAAGCCAUGCCCUCCCACGCAUCUUGUUCCAACAGACACACCUACAAAUAUAGAAGGCAGCACCUCGUCGCAAUCCUCCCCAACUUUGAACCCCACGUACGAGGCGUGGAUCGUAGUGGAUAAACUACUCUUGGGUUGGCUUUACAACUCGAUGGCAGCGGACGUAGCCAUGCAAGUUAUGGGGUUUUCCACGUCGCGUGAACUAUGGACAGCAGUUCAAGAACUUUUUGGUGUCCAAUCCAGAGCGGAAGUAGACUACCUAAAACAGGUAUUUCAACAAACCUGCAAGGGCUCAUUACAAAUGAUUGAAUAUUUAAAGCUUAUGAAAAGUCAUGCUGAUAAUUUGGCCCUAGCGGGUAGUUCGGUCUCUGUUCGAGACUUGGUUUCACAAGUAUUGACAGGUUUGGAUGAAGAGUACAAUCCCAUCGUGGUGGCCGUUCAAGGCAAAGUAAAUCUGUCAUGGUCAGAAAUGCACGCAGAGCUUCUAACAUACGAGAAACGGUUGGAAUACCAAAACUCCCUCAAAAGUGGCAUCCCGAUCAACCAGACUCAAACACCCUCAGUGAACUAUGUUGAUGGGCGAAGCUUCCAAACCAACCAGCGGACUAAUAAUGGAAACAACAGUCAUGGGUCAAAUACUCAUCGUGGCGGUGGUUAUCAACGGGGAAGUUUUGGUCAACGAAAUCGUGGCAGAGGACCUCAACCCACCCAACAUAAAAAUUUCACCCCCUCAAAUUCUGGACCAAAUGUAUUUGCUGCACAUCACACUUCUACCACGGUCACUACCCCUGAGACUGUCAUUGAUCCUAGUUGGUAUGCCGACAGUGGAGCUACAAGUCAUGUGACUGCCAACCCGAACAAUGUUGAGCAAAAAGUUGAUUACUCAGGUACCGAAAAUGUAAUUGUCGCAAAUGGCAAUAAGUUAUCUAUCUCUCACAUUGGUAGCACUAAUAUCCAUGCCUCGGGUGGUUCUUUAAAAUUGAAAGAUGUUCUCCGUGUUCCUGAUAUAGCUAAAAACCUUGACAAGGCUUCGGGAAGAACUUUGUUGAAAGGAACACUUAAAGACAACCUCUAUCGUCUUGAUAGAAGUCACCGGUCACCACCCGCUACUCCCACAUUGACUGCACCGUUGUUUGCUCACACUGUUGUAUCUCUGUCGAAUAAUACUCUCAGUUCAGAGAAACCAACUCCUUCUUUCCCGUUUGCUGAACACAUUAAUGUAGUGGUGUCCACAACCGUGUGGCAUAAACGGCUUGGACAUCCUUCUAUUCAAGUGUUGACACUUCAAUCCGAUGGUGGGGGCGAAUAUCAACCAAUUCAUUCUCUGUGCCGCAAUCUUGGGAUUCAAAUCCGAGUCUCUUAUCCAUACACUUCAGCACAAAAUGGACGGGCAGAGAGAAAGCAUCGACACAUAGUUGAGACUGGUCUCACACUUCUCGCUCAAGCAUCUAUGUCGUUGAACUAUUGGUGGGAUGUGUUUCUUACUGCCACCCUCUUGAUAAACAGCAUGCCUAUGGUCGUUCUAAAAUUCAAGUCUCCGAUGGAAGCACUAGUUGGGAAGCAACUUGAUCUCACAUCUGUAAACACCUUUGGGUGUGCCUGUUUCCUCUGCUUACGCCCAUAUCACAGCCAGAAGUUCUAG